AUGUUAAGGAGGAAAAACAAGUAUAUUAAGGAUAAAUGUAGAGUUAUAAUUGCAGAGGUUGGAAAGGAAAAUACUCAAAAAGAGGGAGUGUUAGUUCAGAAUACUUUUGAAGCAUUAAGGGAAGAAGGAAAUGAUGCAAGUACAAAUGAAAAGAAUGGGGUUGUAAUUGAUAAUGAUAAAGAACAAGAUACAGUUUUGGAGACUCAGAUUCAAGUUGGUAAGAAAGCAAGGAAAGAGGUAUCACCAUCUCAAUCAGGUUUGAAUGCAAACGUAAGCAAGUAUCAGGUGGAUAAAGAGGAGCAGGCAAGUACAGAUGCAUCAGGAAAAGACAAGCAAACAAACAAGGAAUUCUCAACGGUAGAUUCAGGAGGAAAUAAAAGCAUAACGAAAGAAAGACAGGAAAUAUUUGAUGCUGAUACAAUCAAUGAGGAAGUCAUGGGCAAUGUAGCAAGAGCAUCAGCAACAAGUAAAGGAACUGUGGCAGAAGGAGAGCAGGCAAUAAGUAAGGAUGAAGAAGAAAACAUAAAAGUACAGAUGUUACCUCAGAGUACACAAGGUAGUAACAGGUCCAGCAGAUCUUAUGAGGUCAACAAAGCACAUUUAGAAAAGGAACAAGAAGAAGAAAAGAUGAGUAACAGUUCAGUGCAACAAAGAUCAUCUAAUAAGGUGUCACAACAAGUCAAUGAUAGUAGCAAUAAGGAGAAUAUGAAAGGGAAUGACCAAAAUUCUAAACAAGUGAACCAGGAGAUACAGCAGCAGAGUGGAGAGAAAGACAUUGAUGGGCAAUCAUUACAACAACAUUUUCAACAGACCUGA